AUGUUCCUCAUUCUCUUGGCUUGCUUGGAAGCCUUCGCUUUCGGGCUGUCACCUGCUAGUCCAGAGUCUCGAGGCCAGCUCUAUUAUGUUCGCCGUUUCGAGAACACCACCACCAACACCACCACCACCUGGGGCCAAGGAGUGCACACCACAUGCCAAAUUGGAGUCGGUUCUUGCAGCAAGGUCAACAGCAUUAUCUGGCCCAACACCACUAGCCUACACGCAGGCGGCCGUACACAUCUCGUCAACCACGAUCGUUACGACAUCCGCAUCGACGUUGGGAACAGGAAGCACCCCUGGUGUCCCCAGCGUUGGAAACACCACUGCCAAGGUCACGACAACGGUCGUAGAUAUUCAAACUGUGGUUUCGUCGGUAUCAUUCGGGACGACCAUAGUCAAAGACCCGUCGUCAACCUUGGUGUCCGUUCCACCGGUGAUCUCUUUGGUGCCGACUGUACUGCCGACUGUACCGCCGACUGUGCUGCCGUCGUCAACACCACAGACCACUACUUCUCUGGCUCCCUUUUCGUUAUCUUCAUCAGUUCUUUCGAGUACCAGUCUUUCGAGGAUUGGUCUGUCGAGUACCAGGUCGAGUACCAGCCUGUCGACUGCUUCUCCAGCCUCAACAGCCUCUUCUACGUCAACUGA